UGGAGUUUUGGAGGAUGGAUGUGAUGGUCACAUACACGAUCGCAAUGUUUUGACGGUAAAACGUCGAAGCAUCCGACCGAUUCGAGCAGCGUUUCUACUGGAGACACAAGGAAGCAGGAGGACUGAUGAGGAAUGAUGGAGGAGUACGCGUUCGUCCGAGUGGUGGGGAAAGGGAGCUACGGAGAGGUGAACCUCGUGAAACACAGAACGGACGGGAAACAGUACGUCAUCAAGAAGUUGAAUUUGAGAAUGUCAUCAAAACGUGAGAGGAGGGCUGCUGAACAGGAAGCGCAGCUGUUGUCCCAGCUGAGACACCCCAACAUUGUGACGUACAGGGAAUCGUGGGAGGGAGACGAUUGUCACCUUUACAUCGUCAUGGGGUUCUGCGAGGGGGGCGACCUCUACCACAAGUUAAAGCAGCAGAAGGGCGAACUGCUGCAGGAGAGACAGGUGAUCGAGUGGUUUGUCCAAAUUGCCAUGGCGUUGCAGUAUUUACACGAAAAACACAUCUUGCACCGAGAUUUGAAAACGCAGAACAUCUUCUUGACUAAGACCAACAUCAUAAAGGUGGGGGACCUUGGGAUUGCACGAGUGCUGGAAAACCAAAAUGAUAUGGCCAGUACAUUAAUUGGCACACCAUAUUACAUGAGCCCUGAGCUUUUCUCCAACAAACCCUACAAUUACAAGUCAGACGUCUGGGCUCUGGGUUGCUGUGUGUACGAAAUGGCUACGCUGAAGCAUGCCUUCAAUGCCAAAGAUAUGAACUCUUUGGUGUACCGUAUAGUUGAAGGAAAGCUACCCCAGAUGCCCAGCAAAUACAACCCGCAGUUGGGGGAGCUCAUCAAAAGCAUGCUAAGCAAGAAGCCAGAGGAGAGGCCAGAUGUUAAACAAAUCCUCCGGCAGCCUUACAUCAAGAGACAGAUCGCCUUGUUUCUGGAGGCCACGAAGGAAAAAACUGCCAAGUCUAGGAAGAAGGUUCCCAGUAGCCAGGCAAGUAAUGCACCUCCUUCUUCCACGCCGCCAUUUGAUUCAAAACCCGAUCAGCCUAGCCCAGCUGCUGCUGACCUGCACAAGAGAGUGAAAGGGAAGGAAGAAAACCAUGUGCCACAAGAAAAAAUCAGCGGGAAGGCAGACGAGCCGCCCCCGUCACCAAAACGGCCGUUCCCAGAAGCUGCAGCGGGGAGCAGUCUGAAUGCCACAGGUGUUUCUGUAGCGACCGCUAGCAGUAUUGAUAUUGACAUGUUGCCUGCGGAGAACAGGACAAAGCAUGUAGUGAUGCCGUCCCCAUUGCUGCAAGAGAUGCCCCACAGUCACGUUGAGACCAGGCCAGGAAAGGAGAGUAAACAUGUAAAAGAGCAUCCCUCUCUGCCCGAGCCCUGCCAGAGGAAGCCGGUGCCUGCUACUUGUGGCCAUGCAGGGGACCCCAGGAGGCUGUUGGAUGAUGGCGCAGGGGGUCCGGACCCCCAAUACAGGCAAGCAAACAGUAGGGAGGGCCAGAGAGAACCUGAUGGCAUACAGGACAAAGAGAACACACUCAGGCUGCUCCAGGAAGCAUCUGGUUUGGAAUACUCACCUCAGAUUAAGGAGAGUUUGGACUCAACUGAAAAACUGUUGGAACCAUUCAUUCCGGUUAUAAUAGAGGAGCCUCCCGUAAAGCAGUCUCCACCCGCUGCUACAGAGAAGGACCUUCCUCAGCUGCAGCCCUCUUGUUCCACCUCUGGACCCUCUGUGUCCCGUGCACGCAGACAGAGGAACAGGGAGAGGAUGCAGGAAAAUCAGAAUAGGCUUAAAGUGAUACCCCCCAGACCCUUGCCAUCACCUGCUGGAGACUCCUUGGCAGUAAAUGUGAAGGAAACAAAUCAGUGCUGCAUUGAGGAGACUCAAGUCCACACAUCUUCCCCCUCCAGUGUCUCUGGUUCAAGGCACAUUGCUGUGACACUUUCCCAGGAUCGUCCGCUAUCUGCCAGAGAGCGAAGAAGACUUAAACAGUCUCAGGAAGAGUAUAGCUGCUCAGGACUUCCUGCAAUGAGAAGAGCUUCAUGUAACGUUCCCAGCUCAGAGGCUAGACAGCCAAGCGUACAGAAAGCUGUCAUCAGUCGCUCUGCGUCUGACUUUGCCAUCAAGAAAAGCAAGAUGGAUGACAUGUCACGACAGCAGUCUUCAGAGGAUGAUUGCAGCUCCUCUACCAGCUCCACUGACCGUUCAGAGGGAGAUGGUAAAGAAGGGAAGAGUGAAUCCUGUGAAAUGCAGGACCUGGUCCAGCUGAUGACCCAAACGUUGCGAAUGGAUGCCAGAGAUCCAUCUGCUGAAAAAACUGGCUCCGGCGCCAUAGUUCUUCCUGAGUUCAGAUUGAACAGGAAGUACAGAGACACCCUGGUUCUGCACGGCAAGACCCAACAGGAUCAAGUGGACUUCCGCUUCAGCAAAGUUCCCUCAGAUACUACUUCUGGUCUUGCAAAGAUCAUGAGAGUGAUUGAACAUUUACGGACAGAUGUGGUGAAGGGAUUGGGAAUCAAGCUGUUAGACAGAGUUCUGGAGAUCAUGGAGGAGGAUGAUGAGGAACAACGAGAGCUAUGCCUCCGGGAAGCAAUGGGAGAGGAGAAGUACAAGGCUUACGCCGUGAUGGUUCGCCAGCUGAAAUUCUUUGAAGACGUUGCUUCUAGGGAAUGGGGUACCCAGUGACUCACAGGUAGCAGAGCAGUUAAGGAAGUCACUUGUAACCAGAAAGUGGCUCAUCCCACUCCCACCAAUGCUGCAGUACGCUGAUUUGCUCCAGUAAAACAGCUAGCCAUAUGACCAGGGUAAAAUCCAUAAGCCACUUUGUGUAAGAGUGUGCGCUAAAACAACAAAAAGUAAUGAAAGUUACGAUGAUGAUUAAAUCAGUCAAGUCUGCAGCCGGUGUUGUGCCUUCCGCUACACAAGUGGAAAUAAAGACUACAGCCUUUCGCUACUGUGAUUGAAAUGAAGCUGUGGUUUGUAAAGAGUAACCCUAACCCUACAGUACAGGAAAUAUGAAAUAAUUGUAUAUUUUUAAUUUUACUUGAAAUUCUACCUUUUUAGUUAAAUACAAAAGAUAUGUAUGAGAGGUAAAACACUGUCAUUGUUCUAGUGCCUAACAAUACAUCAAUGAUUUCAUAGCUGGUGGAAAAAAUUUAAAUCAGGCAUGUUUUAAUCCCAUACAAAUGUGCACACAGUACAUUAGUAUGAAACGGUUUACAAUAGACUUACUGUUACAUGUAAUACUAACUGCAAUUAGUCUUUUGUACAGUUGAUAUUUGAAUGUAUAAAAU